CUGUGGUGCAAGCGCAUGCAAGUCGUACUCCGAUCGUAAAUUUAUUCGUUUUUGCAGUUACCUGAUAGGAGAAUAGAAAAUAUUUCGACUGUUAAAUAAAUUAGUCGCAUCAAACUAUUUCUCAGUGUAUCCCCUCUGUAGCGUGAAGUAAAUUUGGAGGAACGUAAGAGGAAAAUGUCGUCCGAUUAUAGCGAGAAACAUACUUUUGAAGCCGAAUGGUUCGACCCGGUUGCGUCGCUCCUGAAAAAGUUUCUCCUCUACUACUUUCCUGCGGAUAAUACGGUAGAAAUUGUAAGCGCGGUAAUCGAUAUACUAUUCCCAACAAGGCAAGAAUACGAUAUUAAGAAUAGGAAAGUAUUCCUACGCCGAACGAAAUGUCAAGGAAUUACUGCCAAAGAUUUUUACGUCGGAGGGAUGGUACACAUAUUUUCACGAUGCCUAAAGAUAAAGGAUUUUGCAGAUGGCGCGACCAAGGCGAAACUUGCCGAUCAGAUGGAAAGAACUUUGGCGAUAAUCAAACCGGAUGCUAUUGAUAAAAUGGGAGAAAUAUUGAAACGGAUAACAAGGAACAACUUUCACAUAGGAAAUGUUAAAAUGGUUCACAUGACCAGAGACGAGGCUGAGGAAUUUUAUAACAAACAUAGAGGACAGAGUGACUUACCAAUGUUGCUGAAGUACAUGACGUCAGGUCCAAUUUUGACGCUCCAGCUUAUCGGCGAACAGGGAAUUGACAAAUGGCGAGAGCUGAUGGGACCAACGGACAGCGUGGAAGCUCGAGAAACUGCUCAGAAUUCUAUCCGGGCUUGUUACGGCAAAGACAAGGUCUACAACGCGGUGCAUGGGUCAGAUUCCUCGGAAAGUGCAGCUAGAGAAUUGAGGUACUUCUUUCCCGAUGAAAAGGUCAGGAGCAGGAGUAUCAAGAACACCGCAACGCUCAAGAACUGCACCUGCUGUGUGAUAAAACCGCACGCCGUUCAAUCGCGCCUCAUUGGUUACAUCAUCGACGAUAUACAAAAGGCAGGAUACACAAUAUCAGCUGUGCAACAGUUUUACGUAGAUCCCACAAACGUCGAAGAAUUUCUGGAGGUCUAUAAGGGAGUUUUACCCGAAUAUGGGGCAAUGGUCACGGAAAUGCAGUCCGGACCCUGCGUUGCGAUGGAGAUAACGCACAGCCACCGUGAGAAGGAUGUUCCGACGGAAUUCAGGAAGUUAUGUGGCCCCAUGGAUCCUGAUAUAGCGCGGCAAUUGAGGCCGGAAACCUUGAGAGCAAAGUAUGGAAAGACCAAGGUCCAAAAUGCUGUUCACUGUUCCGAUUUGCCGGAGGAUGGAUUGCUGGAGGUUGAAUAUUUCUUCAAGAUACUGGCCGAUAGCUAGGAUAUUUCAACGCUUUCAUUACACGCGCAAAUCUUGCAUAAAUUGGAAAUUACAACUUCGUUAUAAUACGUGUACAUAAAUAUUUUUCUACUCAAAACAAAUAGACAUGAAUUUACGAUCAAAAAUCAUUUGUCUAAUU